GCAGCUACACCGUCGCGAGACCACAUGACUUUGCGACGGUACGACAGAUUUACGGCACGCCGUAAAAUUACAGAGGAUUUCAGAAGGUUAAGGUGACUCGGGAUUGCAGGCACCAUGCCCUUCGUAGACCUGCAGGGGAGGUUGGGGAUCAACAUCGACAAGUGGAUUUUGGCCCAUAGCUCUCAGCAGCCAUACAAACGUGCUGCCCGCUGCCACGCCUUUGAGAAGGAAUGGAUUGAGUGCUCUCAUGGCAUCGGAAAGAUUCGGGCCAAAAACGAGUGCAAACUGGAGUUUGAGGAUUUCUACGAAUGCAUGCAUCGUGAAAAGACGAACAAGCGUCAGUAUGAGAUCAGGGUGCAGCGGGACAAGUUGGUCAAGGAGGGGUCCUACACCCCCCCUCCUCAGCACUCUGGGAAGGACGAGAUGCGGCCGUGACCUCUGACCUCAAUGGAGACCAUGAGUAACCUGGCACCUGCCGCUCUUCCUGUGUGUUUCUUCAGACUUGUGUAAUAUAAGUACUAUGUCAAUAUUGUUUUCCUAUCCUGUUAAAGUAUUAGAAAAAAUAAAAUUAAUUCUAAGUA